CUUAUUCGUAAUAGAAUGUAUUAGUUCGCCUCCUUUCGACGUCGACAGCAUGCAGCUCGGAAGCAGCCGAACGCUCGAUUUUCAACGAUUUGAAUGUUGGACCUCUUUUAUCAUGUGGCGGCGCUCGCAGUUGUGAAGUCCAGUCAUGGGCUGUGUACAAUGUUACCUGGGAUCCAGCUCACUGCGUUUUAUGGCACCUGCCAAAGGAAAGGUGUAACUUCCUGUGGAUGCCGUUAUUUUGUUUUAUCGUUCAAUGCGCCGGUGCCGACAUGUACCAAGGCGAUUGUUCGCGAGACGCUUCUGGUGCGUACGAUUUCUGGAAUUGGACUGCCAUAACACUAGGUUUGAGCGCAGUUCUGGUGUUGUGCA